AUGGACCUAAAACCCUCCCUAACAACGUUACGAAAUUCUAGUGGUUUUCCGGUAAGAAAAGCAACAGUUUGCAUAUCAAUCGAAAGAGGAACAAUCAGGCUGCCUGAAAAUACCCAAUUCAGAGAGUUUCCGAGUCGGCUUUCCAGAAAUAAGCCCCAUCUUUUUUCUCCGGGGUUUGGUAUCGCAACGUUAUCGUACUUUCUAAAUAUUGGGCUGGUUUUUUUUCAUUACUUCCGUAAUUUUUCCGAAUCACAACUUCUCUUUUCUACAUGAUCACAGUAUUGGAUUAAUUAUGUUUUUUUCAGAAGAUGAACAUAAUACUAACACUCUUUCUCCUCGCAUCAGCAGUGUGCGCCAAGAAGAUUUUGAUCAUCCAGGAUGCCGUUGGGAAAAGUCACAUGCAAUUCAGCGGCACCUUGACGGACAAAUUGGUUGACCGAGGGCACGUUGUGGUAAGUGCUGUUAGAUCUUUCUUUAUUUUUAUUUUUAUUUUUUUUUUUUUUUUGCUUUUUAGUUUAUCCCAUCUCUUUUUAGGACAAACUUGUCUUCCGAUGGAACCCGCUGGUCACCAUGAACGGAACAAAAAAAGCCCGUCGAAUCAUCGAUGUUGUUGACCAUGACACCCCUUAUGGCCGAGUCGCUCAUCUUGCAGAUCCCUUUGCUCACAACCCCAAAGAUGGAUUCAAAACAUUCGCUGACACUCGGCUCCUCUUUUGCGAGCGAACCCUCGAAAACAAAGCGUUGGUGGAGGAUUUGAGGGCCGAAAAUUACGAUUUGGCCAUGGUGACCCCAUUCGAAGGCUGUGGAUUGGCGUUGACGCACAUUUUGGGGAUCAAAUCCCGGGCGGUUUUUGUGGCCACGUCAAGCGCGGACUAUGUGUUUGAGGGAUUGGGAAUUCCCACUCCGCCAAGCUACAUAUCUUGUAAGUUGCAUUAGUUGUUUUUGUGCCGUGGGGGGCCUGAUCCAGUGGCAAAAACGUACCAUUUUGCAUCCGGGAAGUAUCAAAAAAUGUAGAAAAAUACCUCCCUCUUCAAGUGAAAAGACUCCGAUUUCAAAAGGGUGCCCGCUUUUUUUAUUAUGAGAUUUUUUAUAGCUUCAACUCGGAGUUUUUGUAGUUGGUCCGUCACUAUAAUAUAAAUUGUUAAUCUAUCAGUACUUAUCAUUCUUUUUCAGACGUUUUCGAGCCAGUUUCCCCCGGCAAAAAACUAACUUUCUCUGAACGGCUCAGCAAUUACGUCAAAUGGUUCCAAAAGAACGAUCCUCAAGGAUUUUGGUCCAAGUAUCGGAACCUUGAAGACCCUGUGGUUCAAAAGUAUUAUCCUGGAACCCCGAAAUACACUGAACUGUUCAAAAGCGUCUCCUAUGUGUUUUUGAAUAUGAACGAGCUACUGGAUAUUGGGCAGCCGAUUUCGUCAAAGGUCAAGUUCAUUGGGGGAAUUCAUGUGGAAGAUGGGCUGAAAAAGAAGACAAAGGAGCUUCCUCAGGUAAAAUACGAGACUUUUUUUUAGUUUUGAAUCUUAUUUCUUAUACUUUUGGUUCUAAAAGUUAUAUUAUUAGUUCUAAAAAUCCUUUUCUUUCAGGAAUACGAAGAGAUUUUGUCCUCAGGCCCUAAGGGAACCGUGAUUUUCUCGCUUGGAUCUCAAGUCGACAUGAAUCUCGUCCCAAUGGAGAUAAAGAAGGCCCUAGUGAAGGCGUUUUCUCAUUUCUCGGAUUACAGCUUCAUCUGGAAGCAUGAAAACCCAGGAGUGGCGUCAAUGGUAAAUUCGACUAACAUCUUCUUCAAGAAAUGGAUUCCACAAAAGGAGUUGUUGGGUAAGUUUUUUUUCUAGUGUCACAUAAGGUUGACCCUUGGUUUUUGCUGAAGUUUUGCAUAGAUUUAGAAUAGGGUGUCUAUGUUUUAAUCUAAAAGCUUUGACGGGCAAAAUUCGCUGCUGUUCGGAUAGAAUCGGACAUAAAAUUGCAAUCAUUGACAGCUUAAUUUCCCCAUUUUUCAGCCGACCCACGGAUCCGUUGUUUCAUCACCCAUAUGGGUCUCAACUCCUACCUUGAACUCGCCUAUUCCGGAGUUCCAACCGUCAUGCUCCCCCUCUUCGCCGACCAAGAGUUCAAUGCUGGCGUGGCCGAGAGGAAAGGCCUCGGAGUUCACGUCAAGAAGACCAAGAUCACCUAUCAAAGCCUGCUUCAAGCCCUCCACAAGGUCCUUAACGAUCCCUCUUUCAACGAAAACGCCAAAGUUUACGCCGAAAUGCUGAGAAAUCAACCGGACAAACCGAGCGAAACCUUUGUCCGAUACGUCGAAUACGCUGCGGAGUAUCCGGCGUUGGCGGAAGUGAUCUCAUUGCCUUCAACUGAACUGAGCUUUUGGGUGUUCAACUCAUACGAUGUACUCGCAUUCUUCGCUGGAUGUGUGCUUUUUGCGGCUGUUUUGGCAGCAUUGACGUUGCGUGUCGCAUUUCGGUGGCUUUCUCAAUAUCGUAUCCUUAGGGAAUCCAAGAAAAAAGUAGAAUAG